ACAUGCUUAAACGGUUGCGGCGCGCCGACGAUCUCCCCGUUGCGCACAGAUGUCGCGGGCUGCGUAUCAGCGCCGAAACUGAUAUGCGGCGCGCACGCCCUUGGGGGGGUGAGCGAUACGUUGUCCCGUUGUCAGGCACGGGUAAUCUUCCUGCGAGCAUUCCGUCGCCGGUUGCGUCUCGGUGUGGAAGCGUGUUUGUGGCGAGCCCUUUUUUGCUGCUACCCCCAGUGAAGUGUACGAUCGACCGUAUUCAUCCCACCUUGGACAGCGUCAGUUUUGUGGGUGUUUGUGUGUUAGUGUAGGGAUUUUUGUUGUUUUUCGGAGGUGCGUAGAGCUUGUACGAGCCCCGCAGGUACCGACAGCGAUCAGGAUACAUCAGGCAACGUGUGUAAUAGAACGAGAUAGGGGGAGAGCGAAUCGAGCAGGUACACGCAUCCUAGCCAACGCUCGCACACACAACCUAGCACGAUGCUGGGCCGGCUGUUACUCUCACGCGGAUAUCACAGCACAAAGGGUGUGUUUGGGCAUCGUCCCCGGCCAACGACGCGCUAUGAAGGACUUGCUGCAGCGGUGCUGGACAAGCGCAACGCCAACGCCAACGUGUACCGGUGGGUCGAGGCGUACCGCAACCAUGGCCACCGGAUGGCCGCGAUUGAUCCGGUCAAGUUUCACCUAGCAGACGAGGCCGCCUCCGAACCCCUGCCAGAGCUCCAGUACGCCCGGUACGGGCUCGGCGCGGGCGAUCGGAUCGAUCCGCGCGGUCUGCUCAAUGUGCCCGCCGCCCAGCAGCCCCUGUCGAUGGCCGAGCUGGACGCGCUGCUCGCCCGCAUGUACUGUGGCAGCUGCAGCAUCGAGCUCGCGUUCAUCGAGUCGGAGCAGGAGCGCGAAUGGUUGGCCGGCCGGUACGAGCAGCUGUUCCAGCACGAGCUGACGGUGGGCGAGCGGCGCGAGCUGGCCGAGCUGAUGCUUAAAUCGCAAGCGUUCGACCAGUUCCUGGCCGUCAAGUUCCCGACGGUCAAGCGGUACGGGGGCGAGGGCGCCGAAAGCAUGAUGGCGUUCUACUGGGAGCUGUUCCGGUCGGCGGGCGAGCACGAGCUGCGCAACGUGGUGAUCGGUAUGCCGCACCGCGGCAAGCUGAACGUGCUGACGACGAUGUUUGGGACGCGGCCGGCGAAGAUAUUCAAAAAGUUCAAGGGCCACCCGGAGUUCCCGGCGAUACCAACUCCAGGCGACUUGCUUCUUCUUGUAGACACCUCUACGGAUAUAACGGUGGGCGGUAAAACGUUCCACCUGAACAUGCUGCACAACCCGUCUCAUCUGGAGGCGGUCAAUCCGGUGUCGAUGGGCAAGGCCCGGGCGAAACAGCUCGCCCUGGCCGACGGUCCAUACGAUACGAGCGGCCCCGACCGGCGCUCCAAGGUGCUGAACGUCCAGGUCCACGGUGAUGCCGCCUUUCCCGGCCAGGGCAUCAACCAGGAGUGUCUGAUGAUGGCGGCCGUGCCGCACUACGAGGUCGAGGGCACGGUGCACCUGAUCGUGAACAAUCAGGUCGGCUUCACGACGCCGGCCGAGCGCGGCCGCAGCACCCGGUACGUGUCCGAUCUGGCCAAGGCGAUCAUGGCCCCGGUGGUGCACGUGAACGGCGACGACCCGGAGGCGCUGGCCGGCGUCACGCAGCUGGCGAUCGAGUACCGGCAAAAGUUUGGCAAAGAUUUCUUCAUCGAUCUGAACUGCUACCGGCGCUGGGGCCACAACGAGCUGGACGAUCCGACCGUGACCAACCCGCUGCUGUACCGGGUGAUCCACGGCCGGCCCUCCAUCCCGGACCGGUACGCCGGCCGGUUGAUCGAGGCGGGCGUGUUCGACCAGCAGGACGUGGACGCGGUCUCGAACAGCCACCGGAACUAUCUGACCGCCGAGCUGGCGGCCUGCGAGCAGUACGAGCCGGAGCGGAGCUACUUCGGCGGGCAGUGGACCGGCCUGCAGCAGCCCGGCGACGAGGUGACGGUGUGGAAUACGGGCGUCGACUACCGGCUGCUCAGCCACAUCGGUCAGGAGAGCGUGCGGCUGCCCGAGGGUUUCAAUGUACAUCCGCAUCUGCAGAAGACUCACAUUGAUGCGCGCCGAAAGCGGAUUGCCGAGGGGCAACGCAUCGAUUGGGCCACGGCUGAGGCGCUCGCCAUCGGCAGCCUGAUGUACCAGGGCUUCAACGUGCGGCUGAGCGGGGAAGAUGUGGGCAGGGGUACGUUUGCCCAGCGCCACGCGAUGACUGGACGACUUCGGACGACUCCGGACGACUCCAGACGACUACGACUACAGGCGGAACUAGUGUUUCCCAUUUCGCAGCAGUCGGAGUCGGAUCGGGGUAUUGAGGGUGCUCCAGAGAGCACAUCACUGGUUUUAAGGCCCUCUUUGAACACCUACCUAAACUCUUACCUCUCCGCAGCGAAAUGGAUGGUCUGCAAUGGGCUGGUGAUGCUGCUGCCCCAUGGCUACGAUGGGGCCGCCUCCGAGCACAGCUCCUGCCGCGUUGAGCGCUUCCUGCAGAUGACGGACUCGCGCGAAACCAGCCCGGACGGGGACGCGGUCAACCUGCAGAUCAUCAACCCGUCCACCCCAGCCCAGUACUUCCACGCCCUGCGCCGCCAGCAGAUACGCAACUUCCGCAAGCCGCUGCUCGUCGUCGCGCCCAAGACGCUGCUCCGCCUGUCCGACUGCGUGUCGCCGCACACGGACUUUGCCCCCGGCACACACUUCCAGCCGGUGCUGCCCGAUCCGGCCCCGCUCGAUCCGAAGCGGGUGCGGCGCGUCGUGCUGUGCAGCGGCAAGCACUACUACACGCUCGCGUCCGAGCGCCAGGCGCGCCAGGUGACGGAUGUGGCACUCGUGCGCGUCGAGUCGCUCUGCCCCUUCCCGGUGCAGGCCAUCCGGGACGAGCUGGCCAAGUAUGCGAAUGCGCGCGAGUUCGUCUGGAGCCAGGAGGAGCACCGGAAUAUGGGCGCGUGGACGUUCGUGCAGCCACGGUUCGAGAACAUGUGCGAGCGAAGGAUUCAAUACCGGGGUCGUCCGGAAGGUGCCACCGUUGCCGUCGGUGUCAGCAAGUGGCACGUGCGGGAGGCCGAGGAUGUGAUUAAAACCACCCUGUAUUAAAACCCAAAAAAGAAACGUUUCCUUUACGCUCCAAU